GUCCUCGUGGUGCACACGCUGCUGUGCCCGUCCAUGCUGCCUUUUCUGCGCUCUCGGUGGCCUCUCAUACAGUAUUUGGCGAAGGUCCUCCGCGAUCCGCGGGCACGCCGCUUCCCGUCGAAGAGGCUGCUCUUGCACCACGUCAUGCAGCUGGCGCAGCCAUCUCGGAAGGCGCACUUGUGCCCACAGCUGUGCAUCGGCUACAAGUCGGAGACGGUCGUCACUCUCAGCAAGGGCAAGAGCUGCGUCAAGUCAGUGCUCAGCGUCACCAAGCCGCUCCGACUUCUCGAGAGCGCCAACAGCCCUGUUUCGGACGUGCAGAGACAGGUGCUGAUGGCGCUGCUCCCGAUGCUCUGCCUGCCCUACGCGCGGAGAGCCGGCGCCGCGGGGUCGCCUCUGGCCGCGUCGACGAGGGCGCCCUGCGCGGCGACGCAUGCCGCGCCAUGCUUGGCCGCAGUUGAGCGGGCCUCGCGGUCAGUUCCGCUUCCGUGA